AUGUUUCGGCUUUUCAAAAGCAACUUCUAUAACUUUGAAGCGACCCGUAUACUUAGCAGCACGAGUGCAGAGGGAUGCGAGAUCGCCGAGUUUCUCGAGGCCAUGGGCAAGGUUGGACAACACGACCCGGAGACCUGGUACACAGCCUGGCACGAGCAGUCUCAGCGAGCCGAAACGAUCGCCCGGGAAGCAGUCUACAGCGGCUACGUCGACGCCGCUAGAGGCGCGUUUUUGAGGGCAUCGAAUUAUGCCAGGGCAUCGAGCUACAUGUUUCCGUGGUCGGGACCGGAUGAACGCUUUCUUCGGACUGCAGAAAGAUCCAUCACGUUGUUCCGGGAGGCCAUCCCAUACAUGGACAGCCGAGUCAUGGUCCUCGAAAUCCCGUACCAGGACGACGUCACGAUGCCAGCCUAUCUGUACCUACCUGCUGCUUCUAGGAGGAUGCGUGGCAAUGGACUGAAGCGCACCCCCAUCAUCGUUAGCUGCGGAGGGGCGGACUCGACGCAAGAAGAACUUUACUUCGUUACAGCCUCUGCCGGCGUUAGCCUCGGGUAUGCUGUCCUGACGUUCGAGGGUCCUGGACAGGGAUUGAUGCUGAAGAAAGGCAAAACCGCCAUGCGCCCCGAUUUCGAGGCGGUCUCAAGCAGGGUACUGGAUUACCUCCAGCACCUGAUAGCUGGCAAUCCGGAGUUGGGUCUUGACGCGGGCCGCAUUGCCGUCGUGGGCGUAUCGUUAGGUGGAUAUUUUGCCCUCCGCUCGUCCAUCGAUGCCCGCAUCAAAGCGUGUGUCGCUGUUGAUCCAUUCUAUGGAUUAUGGCGCCUUGCUUUGAAACGCAUGCCAGCGUGGCUUGCAACAAUGUGGACCUCGGGAUGGCUGCCAGACCAAGCCUUCAAUGCCUUGAUAUACCUGCAAGCGGUGGCUCACUUUCCAACACAAUGGGAAAUGGGCAUGAGCAUGGCCAUUAUGGGGGCCUCAACACCUGGUGACAUGCUACGCCGCUGCCAGUCCUUUGACCUCGACGUUGCACCUGACGGCCAAGGCAAGAUCACGGACCGGAUUCGUUGCCCUGUCUUGCUUACCGGAGCAUCAAGUUCGGUCUAUGCUUCUCCGGACGAGAGCACAGUGGUCAUUUAUAACGCCCUGUCCCAGGUACCAGAGGAACGGAAAGAGAUGUGGAUUCCGAAAGAAGUCGGGCAAGGCGGGCUGACGGCCAAAGUUGGCGCGUGGAAAUUGUUAGCCCAAAAGAGCUUCCAAUUCCUUGAUAAACACCUGCAUGUGGAACGUACAAGCAAAGAUAACGGCGAUGUCCCGCAGUCGUAGGCCCAAGGAAAGCCUCAAAUGCCAGACUAUCUACCUGAUCCAGGUUGGGAUUGAGCGUAUUCUUGUCAGUCCAGCUCCACCGACACCACUUGUGCUCCCCCCAAACAUGUGGGAGCAGCAGCUCUACGCCUUAGUAUGAUAGCAAGGAAUCAGCCAAUUCGUGGCCAGAGGAGUCUUGACAAAGUCUUUCGGGACUUGCGACUUGCCCCUGACUUUUGGUACCUAGCCGACAUGUUACGUGACAAUCAGUGGGCUCGCAG